GUAUAUAGUUUUAGAGGAAUUGACUUUGAAUAUUUCCACAAAUCGUGCUGUCGUAAUGGGUGAUCGUAUGAUGGACGAAGCCUAGGUUAUCUGCUUCCAUUAUAUAUGUGUUGUGUGUACUUCGGCUACGUACGAGACAUCAUCUCUUCCGGAGGAAAACCCAAGUUCGGACCUUUGCGCCUUUUCCUUCUUUUCUUUUUUUGGGGAUUUUUUCGGAGCCCUACAGAUCGACGAUUCUCCGCGGCCAUGCAAUCGAGAUUCAUAUUUAGGGUUUUGGUCGACGUCCCUUGAUACGGAGGUUCCAUUUCUGGGCUCGGGUUGUUGAUGCGAUGGGCGCGAACAUCUCGGGCGGUUCGGCGGAGUUUGGUCGGAACGGCGGCGGUGUUCGCCUGGUCGAUGUGCCGGAGAAUUGUGUGGCGUUGAUAAUGAUGCGGCUCGACCCGCCGGAGAUCUGUCGAUUGGCUCGUCUCAACAGGGUCUUCCGUCGCGCGUCGUCGGCCGAUUUCAUAUGGGAGGCCAAAUUGCCUCCGAAUUACAAAGUGAUUGCACGGAAGGUGUUCGACGAAAAUACUCUGAAGAAAUUGAGGAAGAAAGAUCUUUACGCCAGGCUUUGUCGGCCCAUCCCCUUCGACGGCGGCACAAAGGAAUUAUGGAUAGAUAAAAACACGGGUCGUCUUUGUUUGUCGAUUUCUUCCAAGGCGUUGAGGAUCACCGGGAUUGAUGAUCGGAGAUACUGGAGUCAUAUCCCAACCGAUGAAUCUAGAUUCCAGUCAGUUGCAUAUGUUCAACAAAUAUGGUGGUUUGAAGUAGAAGGGGAGUUUGAGAUCCAGUUUCCAUCUGGAACAUACAGCCUUUUCUUCCGUAUACAGCUCGGCAGGACAUCAAAGAGACUGGGGCGAAGGAUCUGCAACUCAGAACACAUCCACGGAUGGGAUGUAAAACCUGUCAGGUUCCAGCUUGCAACUUCAGACAGCCAACAAGCAGUUUCUCAAUGUUAUCUUAGCAACAAUCAUGGAAACUGGGUUCACUAUCACGUGGGAGAUUUCAUAGUCGAAGAUUCAGAUUCGUCAACGAAGAUCAAAUUCUCGAUGUCCCAGAUCGAUUGCACUCACACGAAAGGUGGGCUUUGUGUAGAUUCUGUCUUGGUGCUACCGGUUGAAGGUGCAAAAGAGAUUCUUGGCAUAGAACAGUUUUGUAGAUAGUGAGAUGUAUUAUUUGUAAAGGAUGAGAAUCUUUUCAGGGUGAAAAAGGGUCAGAUCAUCCCAUUGGGUUUUGGGUUCGGAUGAUCUCCAAGAUCUAUGGAACUUCUACACGGUUUUUUUUGUCUUGGGAACUUGUACAUGUUCUCAUGGUUGGGGGGUUUUGUCUGUAGCCACCACAAGGUCCGUUUGUUAAUACAGUUUUCCCAGCUUGUUCUGCAGCAGUUGCAUGGAUU